UGUGCAUUCCCAGCGCCCAGGCUACUUCGCACCAGCCAAACAAAGGUGCCGCAUGGCUGACAUCCUCACUCCAUAUUGGCAAAAUAAGGCCAGGCUGAUGCAGGAAAAGGACCUUGUCCACAUGGCGGUAUACUUGCUGAACUCCUGGAAUGACACUCUGCCGGGAUUGGCCCUAGAUACACAUAUCCUGCUGAAAUUCUAUCAUCCUCACUCAAGCAAAGACAGAAAUAUUACUUUAACGUAUCAACAACUUAAAGAAGUAACAGUUCAAAUAGCCAGCCAGCUUGAUAUUGAAGUCCCAGACAAAGUGAACUUUGCUUUGCAGUCAUACACAGAAUCCCUGAUGUCAUCUGAUGAACGAACUCUCCUGUUUAGUGUUUAUAGCACCCUCCGCUGCUUUUUCAUUGAUGUAAAAAAGAUUCACUUUUUAUUCUCCCUCUUGAAGUGCCGUGCUGACAACAAAGUCAAUUGCUAAUCCUGUAUUUACACCUUUUCUUUCUGAAAUAUUUUCUAAUGUUUCAUUCUUGGAAUGCUUAUGUUGAUA